AUGACCAUCUCUGACUCGACACAGUCUUCCGCCGCCUACGGAGUCUUGUACAAGCCUUCGCAGACCGCGUCGUUCGCGUCUGUUGACGAUCUGCGCCUGGAGCAGCGAGGUAUCAAGUAUGUCCGCGUCCAAUGGGUCGACUUCACCAAUCUCGUCCGAUUCCGUGUCCUACCCGUAUCUUACUUUAAGAGACUCUUCACUUCGUCCCGUCCCGGGAUCGGUCUCGCAUACGCGACACUCGGUAUGGUCGGGGCCAUGAUGGCGCCCGGAUUCUUGGGGACGGGAGAGUAUAUCUACUCUCUUGAUCUCAGUAGCUUCCGCGUAUGCCCCUAUGCCCCAGGCCAUGCGGUCGUCAUGGGCUGGUUCGAGGAGAAGACGCCCUCUCCUUCAGGAAGCCUCUCUUCCCCGCUGUGUCCGCGGGCGGUGUUGAAGAGGAUUGUCGACGAGGCUCAGGAGACGGCUGGCUUGACAUUCCUAGCCGGAUUUGAGUCAGAGUUCAUUCUGCUCAGCGCAAUCUCGCCCAAGCCGGUCGAGGUGAACAACGCAGCCUGGUCAUGCUCUGCGAAGCACCCAACUGGCGCAGUGGAGACGAAAGUCAUGGAGGAGAUUGCCGAUGCGCUCUUAGAGGCAGGCAUUGAGCUGCAGAUGUACCACGCAGAGGCCGCCCCGGGUCAAUAUGAGGUCGUGACUGGACCCUUGACUCCACUCGAGGCGGCAGAUGCUAUCGUGCACACGCGUGAGACCAUCUAUAACAUUGCGAGCAAACAUGGGCUGCGUGCUACGUUUGCCCCGCGUCUGCACAGUGACAACUGCGGCAGUGGCGCACACACGCACCUCUCCGUACACUCUGCCAAAGCCGACGGGCCCUCGGCUCGCGCCACCAAGUUCGGGCCAGCGAUGAGCGCGACCGAGCGCGCCUUCCUGCAGACGCUGCUCGCACACCUCCCGGCACUGUGCGCGCUCAUCCUACCGACGUACGCGUCGUACGCCCGCGUCGUCGACGGGAUAUGGUCAGGCGGCACGUACGCAUGCUGGGGCACCGACAACAAGGACGCGCCCGUGCGGCUGUGCGGGCCAGCAGGUGCACACCACUUUGAGCUGAAGUGCGUCGACGCGACGGCGAACCCGUACCUCGUCCUCGCGAGCGUGAUCGCCGCGGGGCUGGAAGGCGUGCGCGAUGGCGCGGAGCUGACGUCGGGCGACUGCACGAAGCCGGCCGCGUUCAUGAGCGAGGAGGAGCGUCGCGCGGUGGGGCUGGCGAACCCGGGGCGGCUGCCGCGGACGGUGGAGGAUGCGCGGACGCUGUUGGCUGCAGACGGAUACUUGAAGGAGAAGCUUGGGGAGGAGUUCGUGGAGAAAUAUAUUUCUGUGAACGAGUUCUUCCAGACGUACUUGACGUCUGCGGGCACUGAGGAGGAAGAGGUUACGCGCCUCAUUGAACAUUUCUGA